AUGUAUAGAGCGGCGAAUGCUGAGUGCUGUCUGCAUCUGCUUGGCUUUGGUGCUGCUGCUGCUGCUGUUACGUUUGCUGUUGCUGCUGCUGCUGUUGCUGCUGUUGCUGCAGAUGCUGCUCCUUGGGGUCGCUAUACUCCGUCAGGUGUACAGACAGCAGACACAGAGCGCAUGCGGCCUUCUUCAUUUUCUUCUAGGAGGGGGAGAGGGCGCUUCCUAGGGCCCGGCAGCAGCAGCAGCAGCAGCAGCAACAAUAACACCAACAACAGUAACAGCAGCAGCAGCAGCAGCAGCAGCAAGCGCUUCGCGGGUGAAGGUUUUGUGCUGCCUCCAUUUCACCCUGCUGCUUAUGCAGCUCCUCCAGGGACAGCAGCAGCACGUUAUUUUGCUGCUACUGCUGCUGCGGCUGCUGCUGCUGCUGCUGCUGCUGCAGACCCUAGGCAUAUGGGGCUUAUAGGAAGACAUCAUCAUGAAGCUUGGCGUACACCGCAGCAGCAGAAUGCUGAUAUGGGGUAUCAGCUGUUCCUGCAACAGCAGUACUUAGGAGAGAUAGCUCCCUUCGUGGAUCCUGCUGCUGCUGCUGCUGCUGCUGCUGCUUCGCCAUCGCAGCACCAGCUAGCUGCUGCAGCAGCUGCUGCUGCUGCUGCUUCUUGCCGUAUCAUCGGUACUUCAUACCCUGGUGGGGGGCCCCUCCCACCCCCUGUUAAUAUCCAUAGGCAGCAGCAGCAAACUGCAGAGAACGCCAGAGCUCCUGUUAAAGAACCCCCGAGACCCAAGCAGCAGCAGCAGCAGCAACGGCAGCAGCAGCGGCAGCAGCAACCCCACCAGCAGCGCCAGCAGCAGCAUGCGUCUGGUAGUGGGACCACACAGCGGCAAGGGACACCUGCAGCAUCUCCUUUGAAACAGCAGAAGCAAAGUGCGCAGCAGCAAACUGCGCAGCAGCAGCAGCAGCAGCCAAAGAAGCAGAAGGAGCAGAAGCAGCAGCAGCAAGAGCGAAACAAGAAGCAGCAUCAAACGCCGCAGGAACAGGAGCAGCAAACGCAACAGCAAAAGAAGCAGGAUGAGCUACAGAGGGACAAGCAACAAGAAGAGCAGCAGCAGCAGCAGCAGAGGCCGGAUGAACAGCAGCAGCAGCAGCAGCAGCAGCAGCAGGCUGAUGAAAAGCAGCAGCAACAGCAGCAGCACCAACAGAGAGAAGGGCUGCAUCAGCCCGAUACAAAGACCCUCGAUAAGCACAGCCCGCCAGAGCGACCAGAAGAGCAGCAGCAGCAGCAGGAGGAUCAGCAGCUCCACCAGCUGAAAGAGCAGCAGCACAAGCAGCAGCAGCAAGAGCAGCAGCCGCAAGAGCAGCAGCGACACGAGCAGCAGCAGCAACUCGAAGAGCAGAAGCAGCAGCACGAGCAGCAGCAGCAGCACAAGCAGCAGCAGCAGCACGAGCAGCAGCAGCAGCACGAGCAGCAGCAGCAGCAUGAGCAGCAGCAGCAGCACGAGCAGCAGCAGCACGAGCAGCAACAGCAGCAGCAGCAGCCUAUGGGUGGGCAGCAGACGUGUGUGGAUCCAGCGCAGCAUCCGCAACAACCGCAACAAAAUCAGGAGCCAGCUGACGAGCAGCAGAAUCAGCAGCACGAGCAGCAGCAGCAGCAGCACGAGCAGCAGCAGCAGCAGCACGAGCAGCAGCAGCAGCAGCAACAGCAGCAGCCUGAAGGCUCGAAAGACAAUGAAGAUGUUGCUUCAAUGUUAGUGCAGCAGCAACAAACAAAGGACGCUGCUGCUGCAGAUGCGGCGACACUGGAGAAACAGAAGCCGCACGAACUGCAGCAACACGAGCAGCAACGAGAGCAGCAGCGAGAACAGCAGCAAGAGCAGCAGCAGCAACAGCAUUCAGGGUGUUCAGAGAAGGACACGGAGCAUUCCCCUCUGCAGAAGCAGCAGCAGGAGCAGCAGCAGCAACAACAGCAGCAGCAUGAACCAGCAGGGCUUGGACAGCAGGUGCAGCAGCUGCUGCAGCAAGAAAAGGCAGCCGAGGAACAGCACGACGAGCGUUCCACAGCAGCCGUGCAGAAGCAGCAGCAGCAGCAGCAGCAACAGGAGCAGCCGCCGCAGCAGCAAAAGGAGCAGCAGCUGGAGAAGCAGCAAGAGCAGUCGGCACACCAGCAGCAAGAGGUGCAUGAACAGAGCCCACAGCAGCACCAGUUGCAGCAGCUGCAGCAGCAGAAGCGAGAGCAAAGGCCCCAGCAGGAGCACCAGGAGCAGCUUCAUGAAGAGCAGCAGCAGCAGCAGAAGCAAGAGGAGCAGCCGCGGGAGGUGCAGCAGCAAGAGCCGCUGCGGCAGCCAGAGCAGCAGCAGCAGCAGCAACGGCGGCGGCGGGAGCCGCUGCUGCAGCUAGCACAUCAGAAGGAGCUGCCGGAGAAGCUGCAGCAUAAGGACAACCAGCAGCAGCAGCAGCAGCAGCAGCAGCAGCAGCGGCGGCGGCACGAAUCUAAAGAAGCAGCAGCAGAAGCAGAAGCACCCAAGAAGCCACGAUGGGCCGACAUGGGUGAUGAUGCAGACGACGAAGACUUUGAAUUCCCUGAAUAUCUGCAGCAGCAGUUGCUGCAGCAGCAGCUGCAGCAACAACUGCUGCAGCAGCAACUGCAGCGGCAGGAGAAGGAGAGCAGUAAGUUUGUUGCUGAUGCUUCAGCGGCAAGCACAACUGCUGCUGCAGACAGCAGCAUGCCGCAUCUGCUCUGCAUGCAUGCUGCGUGCUGCGCUUCACUGACACAGCUUCUGCUGCUGCUGCUGCUGCGUUUCUUUGCUGCAGCACCAACAUCACCUCUUACUGCUGCUGUUGUUGCUGCUGCGGGGCUCUCCCCUACUGAGAGCACCGCAGACUUCUGA